UUGUCUUGAUCGAGGUGUGUUGAGGGCAUGCAGGGCGAUGAGCGGCGUUGCAGGUAUCAGCAAGUGUGGAGGUAAAUUUUUCCGAGUAAUUUUCCCGCGGGGCCCGGGCCUCUUCGUCCCCGGCCGUGGCAGCAGCUGGGCCUGGCAGUGCAGACGACGCAACUCAUUCAGUUGUGAGCACACCGCCAUGAAGAGUAGACUGCCGUACUUCACUGCGGGGACGGUUGUGAAAGGCUUCGGAAGGGGGUCCAAGGAGCUGGGAAUACCUACAGCUAACUUUCCUGAGCAUGUGGUGGAACAUUUGCCAUCAGAGAUCCAGACAGGGAUCUACUUUGGCUGGGCGAAGGUGGAUGAUGGACCCACUCACAAGAUGGUCAUGAGUAUUGGCUGGAACCCCUAUUACAAGAAUGAAAAGAAGUCCAUGGAAGUGUAUCUCUUUCAGGAAACACAUAUCAUGCACGUUUUUGAAGAGGACUUCUAUGGAUCGGAGCUGAAAGUGGCCAUGCUAGGAUACAUCAGAGGAGAGAAAAACUUUGAUUCCCUCGAGAAGCUCAUCUCAGCCAUUCAGGGGGACAUAGCUGAGUCUGAAAAACAACUGUCACUCCCUGAGUAUCAACACUUCAAGAAUCAUCCCUUUUUCACCGGAAAAUCCGAGCCUCAUUGUAAUGGUGUUAUCAAAAAUGAAAGUAUAACUAAUGGCAUCAGUAAUGGUCACACUGAUUCGAGGAAAGUUGUCAAUGGGUCAGCAGCAGAUGCAGAUCACAGUUAGAGUAUUGACUGCCUUAGAGUGUGAUUUUUUAAUUAGACUUGUAGCCAUAAGGAUGUACUUAUGCCAACAGCGUGCACCCUCACUACACACCAGAAGAAGAAUGUGGAAUUGUUGAAUCAUGUUUGUAAACUUUAUGAAGAUGCCAAAAUUUAGUUGCUAGUUCAACUAUGCAUUGAUGCUAUGAUAACUAGAUAGGGGUGGCAAGUGUUCUCUGCUUAUUUUCUCUGAUUGUGAAUCUCUUUGAAUAUAUUUUUUAGGUUUAAAACAAUUACUUUUUUGUACUAAAUUUGAGUUCUUUGAUUUUAAGUGCCCUGUCUUAUUAGCAGUUUUAUUUUCAGUAGUUCCAGGUAAGGAAGUUAUGACAUAACUAGCAGCAAAGAUUUCAUAGUGGCUGCUGUUGGUUAGAUGCACUGUGAUAAACUUUGAGUAUUGUGGCAUUUAGUCCACUUGCAGCCCAUAACCAGCAGUGCCACACACAAGUGCCAGUUAUGAAAACCCCGAAAUAGCACACAAAAUUGUGUCAUAUUUGUAUCUGCACUCUUGCAAUUUUUAAGUAUACUAUAUUGAUAUAACCAUGACCAAAUUACCCAUGCUACAUCUUCUAUGUUUCAUAAUGAUCUCUGGUAGACAAUACAUUUGGUUUAACUGAUACAAAGGGAGAUGAACUUAUGGAUGUGAAAUUAUAACACUGCCUUAAACCUGAUCCCUUCAGGAAUCAUCAAAUGGGUCAUUAAUCAAAGAUUGCAUUUGUAGAUAAAUUGAUAUGUUAAGAAAUUUUUCAUGUAAAUUUUAAGUUUUGCUUGGUAACCAUGUAAAGAUACAUUUUUGUGGUGCACAUGAAAAUUUACAUAUUAGAUUUUUCAUGGGAGUGAUACGAUCAUGGAUGUGUUAUGUAUUUGACCACCAUAUAAAACUCAUUCUCCUAAAAUACCUGGUGUCGGGUGAAAGCACUGACCAUUAGUGUAUAUUCUCUUUGAUGGAUUCAACAGAAAGAAACACUUUACAUGAAUCUAGAUGAGCAAAUCCUGCAUGUGUAUGUGAGUGGACUUGCAGAGUAAGGUGGUGCAAGAGUAAUAUCUUUCAGUUUUGAUAGUCCUCAAUGGUGAAUCUUUAGGUUAAGAGGUAGUGCUGGGCUGUGUAAAGUAAUAUUUUUUUUUAUCUAUGUUGGGUCCUGCUGAUCUAUAACUAUCUCCCCUUUAGAUUCCUAACUUUUGUAGAUCAUAAUUUAAAAGCACAGUUUGUUUGAUCUCAGAUCUUUAUAACCAUAACUUGGUUGUGGAACUGACUUUGAACAAUCGAUGUUCACUGUAUAAUACAUAAUGUAUAAAUACCCUCAAGACUUUACCUUCUUCAGGCUUAGUAAAAUAUUAUACAAUCCUUUUUUGGCCACAUUCUAUUAAGAUUUCAUUUAUUAGAAAAACUGUGAGGGACUUUACUGCAUUCCAGUAUAGUUGCUCAUGCAAAAGAUUUGCAAGCUAAUUUUGUGGCAUCACAAAUGUGAAAAACUGGAGAAAUCUGGUAUAAGUACAUCAAAUAUACAGGCUGAUAUCCAUUAACACGUAAAAUAAUUUGUAAAAGGUCAUUUAGUGUUAUUUUUAUGUGCAAAUGUUAUAACUAUCAGGAGAAGAAUAGAAGGAAAAUAUUUAAGCCUCAAGCUGAGUAAAAAAAAAUCACUAUAGUUGUACAGCUGCAAGUCAAUUAUUAUCAUCCAGAUUUGUAAAUGGAAGAUGCAUAAUUAGUGUGUUUUAUGGGACCAACUUAUUUUCUCAGUGCUUGCAACAGUAGCAUUUUAUUAGCUAAUGACAGUUUUGUUUUCCUUUCCUUCAAAGUUCAAUAGUUUACUUGUGGGUUGCACAGUCCAUAGCAAACUUCUUGGCCUAAAGGCACUGGGUCAGUUGUGUGUGUUGGCAAGUUGUUGUCAGAGGUAGAGUUACAGGGAAAAUAGUUUAUCUUAUGUGAUUAUUUGGAAGUGCAAUAGUAUCCAAUUAGUAAAUAUUUUGAUAUAUUUAUUUAAAUCUUGUUAUUAUGAAUUGGUGGCUCACAACAAAGUAUAUUAUGAUAAGCAUGACAAAUUUUGUGUCAAGUCCAGGAUCACUGCAUUGAUAUAUGUAUAUUUUGAGUAGUGAAGAAGUGUGUGGUGUUCAUGAUCUGCCAUGAGAAUCAUUCAAGUGCAAUAAGCAUUUCAAAGGUUAUUUCAUGCUCUCAUGGCAUUUCUCUAGGAUUCUUGUUACAUUGUGAUUUAUUGAAUAAAUUAUGUACAUUGUCAAUGAAGUUGUCACCUAGCAUCUCUUUGUAACUUGGAAGGAGUUUAGAAAACACCAACACCAGAUGAGGAAAUUGUGAUUGAUCUGUACCUUCUCAAAGAAUGUUUUAGCAAUUAAUUACUUAUUUAUUGUUGAAGAUAUUAUGUACAAGAUUUGCCGCUUGGUGUUAUCUUCAAGUUUUUUUUUUUUUAGCUGGGUCAAAGGUUAUUGGGAGCAAACUCUCUAGUAUGACAAUUUUAUUGGAUUAAAAGUUGGUUAGGAGAUAGCACAGGAAAUUAAUGUAAUGUUGAUGUACCCAAGAUGACUUGUUGCUCAACACACCAAACAUUGUUGUGUUACACAUAACUUCCUUCUCCCAGUAAAGCCUAAGAGAGUCUGCUGCUGCCCAGUGCUAAGGGGGGUUAAUUCGCAUAGUUUUUAGUGUUAAUGUCAUAUAGAUGAAAAUUUAGCAAUUUGGUCUGAGAGUUUUGAGAAGGAAUUACCUGAUCAGCUGGAACAGAAUACUUUCAGUUGUAAAGCCUGAAUAGAAUUUUAUUUAACAAUUGGUGGGUCUCACCUUAUAUGGAAGAGCAGCAAUUUGUUUAGAUAAAUACAUAUUUUGAUAUGCA